AUGNGCUUGGAUGGUUCAAUUCCUACUUCUUUGGGAAAUUUGAGCAACUUGGCUUGGUUGUCUCUUUCUAAUAAUUCACUUUUUGGUCCCAUUCCUCCAGAAAUGGGAAACCUCUCGAAUCUGUUUGAACUUUACAUCGAUAAAAAUAGCUUCACUGGUCCAAUCCCUUCAAGUCUUGGAAACCUUAGAAACCUGGAAGUCUUGCACAUGUUCAUAAACCAACUUUCUGGUUCCAUUCCCAAGGAAUUAGGAAAUUUGAAGUCUCUCACCAAUAUUAGUCUUCAUAGCAACAAUCUUUCAGGUUCAAUUCCAGCGCCUCUUGGUGCCUUGAGAAAUCUCCUUAAUCUUCAUUUAUACAAAAAUCAACUUUCUGGCUCUAUUCCCCUUGAAAUAGGAAACCUGACAAACCUUGUUGAUUUAGAGUUGAGCCAAAAUCUACUCAGUGGUUCUAUUCCUGGUUCCUUUAAAAAUCUGAGCAACUUAAAGAUCUUAUUCCUUCGUGAUAACGAUCUUUCUGGUACCAUUCCCCAGGAAAUUGGAAAUUUCAUGAGUUUGGCUAUAUUGGAAAUAGACCAGAACGGCUUCACUGGUUCUUUACCCCAUAAUAUAUGUCAUGGUGGUUCACUUGAGAGGUUCAGUGUGAAUGACAACAAUUUUUCUGGUCCAAUUUCCAAAGGCUUGAGAAAUUGCACAAGCCUAACAAGAAUCCUUAUGCAAGGAAACCAACUUGUUGGAAAUAUAUCUGAAGAUUUUGGCAUCUAUCCAAAGCUAGAUCUACUAGAUCUCAGCCAUAAUAAAUUUUAUGGUGAAAUCUCAUCUAGCUGGGGACAGUGUCCAAAAUUAGGCACCCUAAAGAUGGCAAAGAAUAAUCUUACUGGCAGUAUACCAGUUGAACUUGGAAACUUAACUCGACUAGAUGUUCUUGAUCUUUCUUCAAAUAAUCUAGUUUGGGAGAUUCCAAAAGAAUUCAGAAAUUUAAAUUCUCUGGAGCGUCUAAUUUUGAAUGGCAAUCAAAUUUCUGGUGGUAUACCUCUGGAAAUUGGAUUACUCACCGAAAUCAAGAGUCUUGAUUUGUCUACAAACAGGUUGGGCAAAUCAAUCCCUGGAACUCUAGGGAACUUGUUGCAAAUGUACAGCUUGAAUUUGAGCAACAACCACUUUACCCAAGAUAUUCCACCUCAGUUGGGGAAGCUAAGUCUACUGACAGAGUUAGAUUUGAGUCAUAACUUCCUCAGUGGAAAGAUACCCUCUGAAAUCUUUGCAAGGUCCAAUUCCCAACACAACGGCAUUUCAAGAUGCUACCAUCGAAGAACUACGAGGGAACAAAGAUUUGUGUGGUGA